AUGCCCCGAGAGCCCACAGAGGGCAGCAGCAAUCCUAAGAGCCCGGAGAGGGAAGCACAAUGGCCCAAGUUCCCGGAGAAGGCAGCUGAACGUGCCAGGACACCGGAGAGUGCAGCAGAACGACCCAAGAGCCCGGAGAGGGCAGCACGACGCCCCAAGACACCGGAGAGGGCGGCGCAACGCCCCAACACCCAGGAGAGCACAGCACAAUGGCCGAGGACCUCGGAGAGGGCAGCACAAUACCCCAGGGCCCCGGAGAGGGCAGUGCGACGCGCCAACAGCCUGCAGAGACAGCACGACAGUCCAAGUUCCCUUAGAGGCAGGACAACCCACAGGACAAGGGAGAGAGCAGCGAAGUGCCCCAGGAGACCUGUAGGGCAACACAUGGCCCAGGACAGUGGAGAGGGCAGCACAACGCCCCAAGACCCCCGAGAGGGCAGCACAACAGCCCAAGACGCCGGAGAGGGCAGCACAGUGGCCCAAUACCCCGGAGAGGAUAGCGCAAUGGCCCAAGGCUACUGA